AUCCCACCUGAGGGAUGACGGACUAGUUCCGGGAUUCCGAUGUCGGCCUAGCAUGCGAGCUAACUAGUUUGCUAGCCGCUAAACUCAAGGAGGACCGUAACGACCCACACCGCUCAGGCAAGACAGCUCCUAGGUUUGGUAUUAGCUAUGUCCUGUUCGUUUUACCAGCUCUUCGUGAUGACUGUUUACUGAACGUAGCUAUGUACAUGUAUGUCGUAGGCCGCCAACGAAAGUGUUGCUAAAGCUUUCACGCUAGCCAGGUAAUGUUAGCUUACUUUUUAACGUUAGCUGUGGUAAAGGACUGAGCAGUGUCGCAAAAAAAACUUUCGAGGCUAGGGGCAUCCAACAACUGACCCACAGAGCCAGCGCGUGAAAGAAGAAAGGGGGACAAAGAGAGACUAACAUGCAUCAGACCACAUAACACCACUGCUGCCCAUGGCUUUGUUUAAAAGAUGCAAAAUGGGAAAGGAUGUCUAUCUGCAGAGAAUUUGGAGGUGGGAGAGAUCUCUUCACACAGACCUGGCCAAGUGCGGUGACACCUUGAUGACAUGCACAGGGCUUCUUUUUGGAAUGAGUUGAUUUUGUCCCCAUAUUGACAAAAAGACUAAAAGCAGGGUUCUCACAAGAACCAGGGGACUCUGCAUGGAAAUUUAAGCGAUCGUCUUGUAAAGGCAAGGCUAGACAUCUUUUUUUUUUUUUUUUUUACUUUUUUUAUCAGCUUUUUGAAAAUUCCAAAUGGACUUGUGUUUCAUGUUAAGCGGCUUCAUGCAACUGGUUUAAAAGUGAAUGUUUGUUUAGUUGUUUUCCCUUGCUGACUUAGUUUGAAACGCUGGAACUGUCCCUUCUGCCGCCAUCCUCAGUUUCUUCCACCCACCCAGUGCCUAAAUAAGCCUUCUCGGGACAAUCGCAGGAGUCGUCGUCAGCAGCUGCUGCGCUCAAUCCUCUGCCUGUUCUCCUCUAUGUGCUUCUGCUCGUAGCCUGCUGGCUAUCCACCCACUACCUCUUUCAUUUUCUGCUCUUUUGUUUUUAUAUUUAUUUUCUCUGCGAGGCAUAAUCAAACCUUAAGCACAGUGACGAGCAUUAAUGUAAAAACUGAGUUUCACGAGUGGAGAUAAAUCUAGAUUGCUCUAGUUUCAGUUGUGUGUGUGCGGGUGUCAGUGCUUUUUUGUUUGAGCACAAAAGUGUUACGGUUGCACUGGUGCCGGGGAGCAGUAAGGUUAGAUUUAUUUAUAUUGUUGCACCAAAUACGGUUACAUUAAAGCCAUACAAAAAUAUUUAUGAAUUACCUACACAUAUUUUUGUAUCACAUUGCUCUUGUAUAGUUUUGCUUUAACAAGCCUUUAUUACGAUUAUACACUCAAAUUAAAUAUUUACAACAAGCUGUACACAUGCAAGUAAAGCUGUAUAAUGCUAGAUAAAGCAAUCCUCUGAUUUUAAGUGAUUUAUAUUAGUGCCAGGAGACAUUUAGUGUAAGAAUCCCUCAGGUUUUCGGUUGCUGCUUUGCAUAGUGUUUUCUUUUCCAGUCUGUAGUCAUGGCUCCUCCUCCCAAACAAACCACAUAUUUGCCAUUUUAACCUAUAAAGCGCCAGUUACAGUAGGUAGACUGUAGAUAUCUACCCCUCUCUCUGUCUCUUCUCCCCUCUUUCUGUGUCUGAUGCCGGGCUUCAGUGGUGGGGGGGUUGGGGGAGGAGUAGGUGUCCCUGCUUCUGCUCCUCCCCGUCCAUUUCGUCCCAGCCGAUAUGUCCCGGUGUCUGCAGCCACCACUUUCCUUGUCGGAUCCACCACCCUCUUCUUCUGCUUUACGUGCCCGUGGUUGUCAGAGUAUUUCUCCUCUGUCAUUCCCAUCUACACUGCUGUGAUCUUUCUCUUCACCCUUGCCAACUUCUGUAUGGCCACUUUCAUGGACCCUGGAGUCUUCCCGAGAGCGGAGGAGGAUGAGGACAAAGAAGAUGAUUUCCGUGCUCCACUCUAUAAGACGGUGGAGAUCAAAGGGAUCCAGGUGCGUAUGAAGUGGUGCUCGACCUGCCGCUUCUACCGCCCGCCGCGCUGCUCGCACUGCUCCGUCUGCGACAACUGUGUGGAGGAUUUUGACCAUCACUGCCCUUGGGUGAACAACUGCAUUGGUCGGAGGAAUUAUCGGUAUUUCUUCCUCUUCCUUCUAUCACUUACCACCCACAUCGUUAACGUAUUUGGCUUUGGUUUGGUUUACGUCCUGCACCACCGGCAGCAGCUGGACACGCCGCAUGCUGCUGUAACUAUGGCCGUUAUGUGUGUGGCUGGUCUGUUUUUUGUGCCAGUUGCUGGCCUGACCGGGUUCCACAUGGUGUUGGUGGCCCGCGGUAGGACCACAAAUGAACAGGUGACAGGGAAGUUUCGGGGAGGUGUUAACCCUUUCACCAACGGCUGCCUGAGGAAUAUUUCUCAUGUGCUCUGCAGCUCCCAGGCCCCCAGAUACAUGGGCCGGUGGCGGAGCCCUCAGGCAGUGGAUGUGCAGCCACCAUUUGUUAGACCGCCUCUCACUGAGGCCCAGCUAGAAGCCAAGGUCCUGGACAACGGCAUCCAGAAUGACAGACACAGCACCCGGUCCAAGAGCAGUCUAGAUCAGGUUGAGAGCCAGUCAGCUGAUGCAGAGCCUCCACCUCCUCCAAAGCCAGAGCUUCGUUACCCUGGCCUGCCCCGUGCUGACACAGAGGAGAGCAGCUUGUUGACUGAAGCUCCACAUACGCCGUCAAUGUACAAGUACCGACCACCCUUCAACAGCCCAGGAAGGAACCACAUUGCCCUCACGCAUCCCAACAAGAUGAUCCGUGGCGAGAGUCUCGACUCUCCCUCUCCCUCCAUCCUCCUGUCCAGCCGUCAGCCUAGCUACCGCUCAGAGCCGAGCAGUCUGGACGGAACCACGGGGGUAGGAGGAGGUGUAGGGGCGCGCAGAGGGGGAGGGGAGAGGGGUGAGUGCCCCGGAGGCCCUUGCGGGACUGCUGGGGUGAUGUCAGGGGGCAUGUCAGGUUACUCCCUGACUGGGCGCUCCUACACCUCCUAUCCAUCCUCUCUGGUUCUGUCCACUGGCGGCUCCCACUCCUCCAGUCUGCGCUCAGCGCACCCGGCACAUAACCCGCUGGCUACGCUCCAAUCAGAGGGCACCACAGACACCAGCUACAAAAGCCUGGCCAAUCAAACGCCUCGGAAUGGCAGCCUGUCCUAUGACAGCCUUUUGACGCCAUCCGAGAGCCCAGAGUUUGAGUCAGCUGCUCACGAGCUGUCGCCGCAGAAGCCUCGUGCUCCGUUUUCCUCAGGUCAGCCUGAGGUGGUGUCACCCAGUAGCCCGCUGCAGGGCUACACGUCGCCCUUCCUCUCAGCUCAGAUUGCCCAGCAGAGGGAAGGGCAGCUGCUCCAGGGCUCUGCCACUUUCUCCUCCCCCCACAGGGCCUACCUGCGUGCCGUCAGUCCGCCCCCUCCCUCCUCCUCUGGGCCACCUGAGAUCCAGCACCUGCUCCAGCAUAACCAGGACUCCUCUUACCGAGCCCCUCGUAACCUUUCCUCCUUGUCAUCUUCCCCUGGGGCUCGCUCACUAGAGCCCCCUGUCUCCCCGCCACCUCGCGGCCUCUCGCUCGGCAAGUCCCAGUCUUACGUUGGGGAGGCAGGGUCUCAGCACAAGCCUCGGCCCGCAGGAGGAGGCGCUGUGCUGGGAGGGGGAGGAGUCGGAGGAGUGCAUCAGGCUCCACAAUCCACCUCUCGUCCAGUCUUGGCCAAUCACAACACAUCCAAACCAGGGGGCGGAGUGAAGAAGGUGACAGGCGUCGGAGGGACCACAUACGAGAUAUCGGUUUGAGUGACAGACAUCCUUCACAUGUCUAUCGCAAGGAGAGGGCAAAUUCACUGGACUGCUUCCACUCGUCUUUUUCCUGUGCUGGGCCUUAUUCAUGACUGCAGCCUCCUGAAAAUGACUGUUUUCCGCGGCAAAAGACUAAAGGAGCAGGCCCGUCUGGUACUCCCUUUGUUAUAUUUGUAACACCACUGGCCGCUCUUCUCUGCUAGCCUUUGCAGAUUUGAACAAAGCGUAAAAGGGAGACACUGGUUCAUUUUUCACAUGAUCGAGUUGUCUCCAUUUAGCCACUUUGUGAGCCAUAGACCGAUGUGAUUAUCAUCACGGUUUGGUACAGACAUGUCUAUAGAACACGCAUUACUAUUCAAUGAUUUGCUGUUUUAUUUGGUACAUUAGCACACAGAGUAUUGACCACCCUGUCCGACACUUAAAGUAAGGAUGGCCUUUAUCCCGUUGAUUUGGAAUUUUAAGAGGACAGAUUUAGGACUGUUGACCAAUAGAAAUGUCUUCUCAACUGUCUGAACGGACCACACAACCUGAUAUCGAUAAGAGAAAUGUCCAAUCUAUAGACACAGUAUCAUUUUAGUUUUAUAAAAUCUUUUUUUUAAGUAUUGUUUUAUAUAAAUGUAUAAAAUCUUACAGAUUACUAUUGGGUCAAUUAGUCAGGUAUUGAAAAUGACUAUGGAUGACGGUGGCAGAUGUACUGUGUAAUUAUUCAUGAGCGAUUUCAAAUCAGUUGCCUGUUUGUAUUUAAUGGCUGCAUCAGCCACUCGUGAGCUCGUGCUGGGAUUUUCAUCGUCCCAAGGGAGUGAUGAUCGUUGGACAGGUGGUGGACAACCGAAGCUGCAAAUAAUUGAGCAAAAUAUUCUGAAAGCCACAAAGAAAUUCUGAAUUACAAUUGCAGCACAAGCAUCUUUGUGGAAUGUAUGCCUGUAAUGUUUAUGCUAGAGACCUUAUGCAAAAUCUGUUAGUAGCUUUAAGAUCAUUGUUUGUCUUUUUGGUGUUUUUUUCUUCUUUUCUGUGAUGUUUUGUCCGUCAGUCAAGAUGCUAGCAGAACCUUAAACCUUUAAAAGAUGGCCGGCCAAAUAGGGGCAGCGAGGGAAGAGCUUAUUUAUUUUACCAGACAAGACAACCUUGUAGUUUUUGGGCACAACUUCAAAACAGUCUCUACCAGUUUGUUCUUUCUUUUUUGAGAAAAGAAUUAUAAAGAAUCUUUUAUGAAAA